UCAAUCAUUUUCUACACUUAAUUAAGUUAUACACUUGACCAACGAAUGGCAGAAGCAACGAGGAGGAUUGCAGUUGUUACAGGAGCAAAUAGGGGGAUAGGGCUUGAAAUAUGUAGGCAAUUAGCUUCCAAUGGAGUCAUGGUGGUGUUAACAGCAAGAGAUGAGAAGAAGGGUCUUGAAGCUUCUGAAAAACUGAAAAAGUCUGGCUAUCAUCAUGUGGUUUUUUACCAGCUUGAUGUGGCAGACCCUGCUAGUAUUACUUCUUUAGCAGAUUUCAUCACAAGUCAAUUUGGAAAGCUUGAUAUUUUGGUGAACAAUGCAGGGAUCAGUGGAGCAGUUUUUCGUGACGAUGCUUCAGCUCAUAUCAAGGAAGGUGCGCCAAUCAAAUGGAAUUUAAUUAUGACUCAAUCUUAUGAGUUAGCUGAAGAAUGCCUUCAAAUAAACUACUAUGGCGCCAAAAGUAUGUGUGAAGCAUUGAUUCCUCUUCUCCAGUUAUCUACUUCACCGAGAAUCGUUAAUGUUUCCUCUACCUUGGGAAAGUUACAGUAUUUGACAAAUGAAUGGGCCAAAGGAGUAUUAAGAGACGUCGAGAAUCUUACAACCGAGAGAGUGGAUGAAAUAUUGAGGCAGUAUCUGAAUGAUUAUAAAGAGGGUUUACUAGAAACCAAAGGGUGGCCUGGUUUUUUGUCGGCUUAUAUUUUAUCCAAAGCGGCUAUGAGUGCUUACACAAGGAUACUGGCCAAGAAGUACCCAACUUUCUGCAUUAACUGUGUUUGCCCUGGCUACGUCAAAACAGAGAUGAACCACAAUACAGGUAUAUUAAGUGUUGAAGACGGUGCCGAGAGUUGUGUCAGGUUAGCAUUGCUGCCGAUUGGUGGUCCUUCUGGUCUAUUCUUUUCACGUACAGAGGAGGCCUCUUGUGAUUCAUAGCUUGUCAAAAAUUCACUGUUUUUCUCUUGUAUUGUUUACGAGUUUUGAAUAAUGUGUAUCUUGAAAUAAUAAGAUUUUGUAAUAU